CCGCUUCUUUCAACUGAGGAGUCAGGGCCUCCCCCAUUUUUCUCACCCAGGAGGAGGAGGCGGCGGCGGAGGCAGCAGCAGCAGCUUACGAUGUUUGGCCUCAAGAGAAACGCUGUAAUCGGACUCAACCUCUACUGUGGGGGGGCCGGGUUGGCGGCCGGGAGCGGCGGCGCCUCCUCUUCGGGAGGGCGGCUUGUGGCUGUGGGGAAGGAGGCCACGGCCAGGCGAGAGGUAGGGGGAGGGGAAGCCGGUGCGGUGAUUGGCGGAAGCGCCGGCGCGAGCCCCCCAGCCACUCUCGCGCCCGACGCCCGGAGGGUCGCGCGGCCCUCGCCCAUUGGUGCCGAGGGCCCCGACGUCACCGCGACCCCCCCGAAGCUGCUGUUCUUCGCGGCCACCCGCUGUGCGUCGCCGCCUGAAAAGAUGGAAGGCCCAGCCGCCGACGCCAUCAUGUCGCCCGAAGAGGAGCUAGACGGGUACGAGCCAGAACCUCUGGGGAAGCGGCCGGCUGUCCUGCCUUUGCUGGAGUUGGUCGGGGAGGCCAGCAGUGGCCCCGGCACAGACGGCUCACUGCCCUCGACGCCACCCCCAGCAGAGGAGGAGGAGGACGAGUUGUUCCGGCAGUCGCUGGAGAUUAUCUCUCGGUACCUUCGGGAGCAGGCGACCGGCGCCAAGGACGCGAAACCACUGGGCGGGUCUGGGGCGGCCAGCCGAAAGGCGUUAGAGACCCUCCGACGGGUCGGGGACGGCGUGCAGCGCAACCACGAGACCGCCUUCCAAGGCAUGCUUCGGAAACUGGACAUCAAAAACGAAAACGAUGUCAAAUCUUUGUCUCGAGUGAUGGUCCAUGUUUUCAGUGACGGAGUAACAAACUGGGGCAGGAUUGUGACUCUUAUUUCUUUUGGUGCCUUUGUGGCCAAACACUUGAAGAGUAUAAACCAAGAAAGCUGCAUCGAACCAUUAGCAGAAAGCAUCACAGAUGUUCUUGUAAGGACAAAACGAGACUGGCUAGUCAAACAAAGAGGCUGGGAUGGGUUUGUGGAGUUCUUCCAUGUAGAGGACCUAGAAGGUGGCAUCAGAAAUGUGCUGCUGGCUUUUGCAGGUGUUGCUGGAGUAGGAGCUGGUUUGGCAUAUCUAAUAAGAUAGCCUUUUAAGUGCAAUAAUUGACUUUUAACCAACCCCAGGCACCAAAAUCACAUAACGACUGCUGUGAAUCAAAUGUAUUUAUGAAGUUGGACUUCAAGCUGUCCAGGCUGUAACCUCCAAGAGUUCUACUCUAGCAACGUAGAAAAGCAAGUGGCAAGAGGAUUAUGGCUAACAGGAAUAAAUACAUGGGAAAAGUAGUCCCCCUUGAAGAGUCACUGUCUAAAGCAAGGUUCAAUUUCAGCAACAGGCAAACUGGGGGGCCAUGGAAGAGGACUUUUAGAGUUAGUGAAGAUGGUAGGCUUGAAAAGACUUGAUUUCCUUGUCUAGAACAGGAGAGUGGCCAGUAGCCAGGCUAGUCAUAGAGUCCAUUAAAUGUCCACUGAAAUAAUUAACUUCUUAUAGUGUUAAAAGAGAAGCACUAACAAUGGCAGUGAUCUGUAUAAAAUGGAUUUAAGCUACAGGUAAUAGAACUAUGACUAGAAGCCUCAGUACUGUACAACAGAGUGUGAAGGGAAGCUUUUUCUCUGCAAUUAGCUUUUCCCAGGUGUACUUCUUCAAUAGAAAGUCCAAGUGCUCAGGACUUUUUAUACCUGUUCUACUUUGGCUUGGUUUGAGUGGUUUAGUUUAUUAGCCUAGUAAUGGCCAAGAAUACUUGACUUAAGGCUCAAUAAUGACAGUUGCAAAUAUGAAAAUAUCCUCAAUUUUUAAGACAAAAACAACUUGUAAAUGUAUUUGUCUGUAAAAAUUGUAUAUAUUUUUACAGAAAGUCUAUUUGAAAUGUAAAGGGAUGAAAAGUCUCAAAAUACAUUAAUUUUUUCAUACCCGUUUGAAAUUUCCAACUUCUGUAGUUAGGAAUCUAUUUCUUCUUACAGCUUUUCUAUUCUAAAUUUUGUCCUGGUCAGUUAUAGAUUGUAUACAGAACGAGUUGAUGUAAGUGUAUGCAACUUGGUUGUAGUGGAACAAUUCUGAUUCAUAACUGUGCAGACUUUAAUUUUCCUAUCUGAUUUUGGUAAGUAUUCCUUAGAUUUUUUUUUAACUGCGAUUGAAAAAUUGAAUGGAAGUUCAUCCUUUCACUUCAUUACAUGUAGGUUUUCAAUAAGUGAGUCAAGGUGGAGUUUUAAGUUUGGUGGGCGGUGCCAGCUGGUGACUUAGAAAUAAUGGGUUCUGAUUGGGCAGCUACUCAUUUCAGUUCUUUCCAUUUGAGUUAAUUUACUGGUGAAAUUUAAAUUGAGUUUAUGAGCUCAUCUUCAAAGCUUUUGCUAAAAGAUUUUCAGCUGUUCCAAAUGGGACAUACUAGCAGUAUGUGUAUAAAAAGAUCACAUCAGGUGUAUGAGAGACAUUUGAUCCCUUGUUUGCUUAAUAAAUUGUAAAAUGGCUUGGAAAAGCAGGCUUAUAGUCUAACCAUGGUGCUAUUAUUAGGCUUGCUUGUUAAACACAGGUCUAAGCCUAUCAAUAAAACAAAUACUUAUGUUUCA